AUGUCAGGCAAGAAAGUCCUAGUUCUUGGUGGAACCGGCCCAGCGGGUGUUUGCCUGUCGCGAGAGCUUGUUCAUCGCAAUCAUGCAACUGUCCUACUAGCCAGAACUCCCUCAAAACUACCCAACGACUUGGCCUCCAGCUCUCUCCUCGAGAUAAUCGAAGGGGAGAUGAGCGACACGAAAGCCCUAGAUUCAGCAAUGGCUCGAACUUCUGUAGUCGUAUCUCUGCUCGGGCCGAAUAUCAACGACAAGCACAUUGACCCUUCUCUUUACGCCGACAUCUACCGCAACUGCGUCUUCCCAGCAAUGAAACAACACGGCCCCGAAGACCGCUGGACGUUCUUUCAGACCAUGAUCACGAUCAUAAUGCCUUUUCUGAAUGGCGCUGUGUACCGCAAUAUGCAUAAUCUCGCUCACUUGUUUGGCAAAGAGGGUCAUGAUCUUGAUUGGACUAUCUUUCGUAUAGCACAGAUCCCUGGAGAAUCUGAUGAGGAUAGCUGGAGACGUGACCGGAAUCGUCAGGUGUUCACUGGAUGGAUAGGAGAAAAGGGGUGGACAACAAGUCUAAGACGGGGCGCACUAGCUCGAUGGCUCGUGGAUGCAGUCGAAGGUAAGAUGGACGCUUGGAUCAAUAAGAUGCCUGGGGUCAGUCAACUAGCAGUCGUAUGA